UCUGUGUGGCGGGACAGAGGCUUUAUGGUCCGACGGUGUAGUAUCCGGCACAUGCACUGAAAUAUUGAUCUAACUGUAUGAGGGCACACAUCUGCAUUGGAUAACCAGCUCCUACUUACCGGGGAUUUCAUAUCAAGGCCUCAGGGCAAGCCCCGCUCCAGAGAGCCCCACGGCACCCAUGUUCCCAGCCGUUUAACCGGAGGCACAGGCGGCGAGACAGUCAACCCCAGCCCUGGAAGAUUCAUGAGCAAAAUGAUUCUUUUCUUUUUUCUUUUUUGUAAUGGCUCCUCUCCUCAGUUCUGGGUAGUGAAAGUGCUGUCAGACACACCGUGGACCAGCGCGGAGGACGAGUUCGGGAGUGAAUGACGACAGGCGGGUUCGUCGGCGAGUCCCUCGAUCUCAAGAGCGGAGGGGAAACCUCGUGUGUAGGGUGAAUGUGAGGGAGCCCUGGAAAAACUGUGGCCGGCAGGCGUUUUCCAUUUUCUGAGAUGUCUUUCAAACAAGCAGAGGGGAUGUCCAUCGCCCAGGCCUUGGCCAUGACGGUAGCGGAGAUACCGGUCUUUCUCUACUCCACGUUUGGGCAGUCCAUAUUUUCUCAGCUAAAACUCACCCCGAGCUUGAAGAAGGUGCUCUUUGCCACAGCACUGGGCAGCGUCGCUCUGGCUCUCACCGCUCAUCAGCUCAAACGGCGGGGGAGGAAAAGAAAGCAGGCCACACUCGGCAAGGAGGGCCAGAAGACCGUGGGAAUACCUGAGGCACUGAUGAAGACCGGAAGACCCUUGUCACUAAAGAGAGGUCCGUUAACAGGCCGACAGAUGAUGAGUCCGAGCACCAGGAGCAACGACACCAUGAGUGGGAUUUCUUCCCUGGCUCCCAGCAAACACUCGAGUUCCUCGCACAGCCUGGCAUCAAUGCGGGUCCCAAGCUCCCCAAAUCAGUCUGCCAAUGCAUCCACGCCCUGGGAAGCAGAGCCUGUGGUGGAAGAGUCAGGGGCUCUAGAGGAUGCUAAUGCAGAGAAUCUGUAUUUAAUGGGGAUGGAGCUGUUCGAGGAAGCUCUGAGAAAGUGGGAACAGGCCCUGAAUAUUCGUCAUUACCCCGACUCGACCUCCAGCAACAACAGCCUCGCCCUUCAGGGGGCAACGUGUGGAGACUUUCCCAUGGUUGAAGACCGUAAUAAGGUGUUUGCUGACAAGUUGGAGACACUCCUGCACAGGGCUUACCACCUACAAGAGGAUUUUGGCAGCAGCAUCCCCACAGACAGCGUGCUGGCAGAUUUUGAGAGUGAAGGAACUCUUAUCUUGCCUCAAGUGGAGAGUUUCCACAGACUGCAAGAUGAGGAUGCUACUACCGUUACCUCUGACGACUCCUUCUUCUCGGCUGCAGAGCUGUUUGAUGCCAUGUCUCUAGAAGAGGUCUACCAGCCUCUGAAGCCAGCAGCUCUUUAUGAAGAGGCCUUGUCUCUGGUACGGGAGAGCAAAGUGACCUAUAGGUCCCUCAGGACCGAAUUACUUGAAUGUUACGGUGAUCAGGAUUUCCUUGCCAAACUUCACUGUGUGAGACAAGCGUUCCAGGUCCUUUUGUCGGAGGAAACUCAUCGCACGUUUUUCAUGGAGACUGGGAAGCAAAUGAUAACAGGGUUGAUGGUAAAGGCAAACAAGAGUCCCAAAGCCUUCCUUGAGAGCUACGAGGACAUGCUGCUCUACACCCAGAGAGAGGAAACGUGGCCUGUCACUAAGUUAGAGCUAGAGGGCAGAGGAGUGGUGUGUAUGAACUUCUUUGACAUAGUGUUGGACUUCAUCCUGAUGGAUGCAUUCGAAGACCUGGAGAGCCCUCCCUCCUCUGUGGUAGCCGUGCUGAGGAAUCGCUGGCUCUCUGACAGCUUUAAAGAGACGGCUCUGGCGACUGCUUGCUGGUCUGUCCUGAAAGCGAAAAGGCGUCUGCUUAUGGUCCCUGAUGGUUUUAUUUCCCACUUCUAUGCCAUAUCAGAACAUGUGAGCCCAGUUUUAGCUUUUGGGUUUUUGGGACCCAGGCAGCACUUAAGUGAAGUGUGCACUAUCUUCAAGCAACAAAUUGUGCAGUACCUGAAGGACAUGUUUGACCACGACAAGGUCCGCUUCACCUCCGCUCACUCCUUGGCAGAUGACAUCCUGAACCUCUCCCACCGCCGGAGUGAGAUUUUACUGGGUUACCUGGGGAUUAAUAGCCUCCUGGAGCUCAACGGUGACCUGCCCAGAGACAGAGAGAGCUCUUCAGGGCCCAACUAAAACAACUGGGGGGGGGGCACUCGGGGCUUGCACGGGACAAAUGCCAAUAGGCGAACCAGUGGAAAUCGGCAGGGAGCCGCAGCUCAACACCUACUCUGUGCUAAGACUGGAUCGGAUACACUGGGAACCUGAAGUAAUCCUUCAUUCAUCUAUGGUCAUCAAACACAAAGACUGUCAGAGGAUAUAUUUUCACUAGAUCUACUGUGUCACUGGUACUAAUGAGGGAGACUGGUUGGACCAUACAAUUCCACCUCUCUCUUGUUGUCAGCUGCUGUGUUGCGUAUGGAGAACGCCAACUGUAGUCAUGCAAUCUCAGACGUGUGAGGCCUUGUUGUCGGACAAGGAUGCUUAAAAACACACGAGACACACGAAGACUGGGCCUUCUACACGAUGACUCCACGUGGAGCGAGUGUCUUCAGAGAACUAAUGGUUGCACUGUCACCCUCCGUUCAUCUGACUUGUGAUAUCAUAGUCUUCAUUGUUACGUUAAAAGAAGUCUCUUGAUAUUUUGUGUUUUAUAUUAAAGGGGCAAGGAUAAUUGAUAAGUCCGUGAUAAUUCCUGACAACAUUUACUAACGGAAGAUUUGUGCUACGUAAUGAAGGAUGUAAUGAAUUUGUCUCUUCACAGAUGGCACUUUUAAAUCCUCCUAAAUUUGAAGUAUUUAUUCCGGUUUGAUUUUCUCAAAUAUGUGACAUAUCAAAAAAAAGAAAUUGUAUUAAGCGCAUAAAGACAUCAUGUAAAAGUAGUGUAGGGUGCUAACGUGUUUAUCAUAUAGAAUUUAGAUUAUCUCUAAGCUAUACUCUGACCCCAGACCAGCUGUCUUCUCAACCAAAGUGGACGUAGCAGCUAAGACGCAAAUGGUCACCAGUGGUCCCUUAGAAUUUACCUGGCAAUGAAAAAUGUGUGAAAUGUCGAUUUUUAAAUGGCGCAAAGGCACAAAAAACCUGCUAAUAACACCAGAAUAAGAAAGUCUGUUGAAAUACUGUCACACAGGAUCAUUUGUCAAUGUUGAAGGUUUAACAGAAAACAAAUAUCUUGUGCUGUACAAGAGUACAGGGAGUGAUAAAUACUAUCAAUAUUAGGUGAUGCAUAAAUUCUUACAGCUUAUCAAUUGGUUGAGCCACUUGAAUUGCCUCCAACUAUUUGGGCCUAAUUUGUACAACUUGCUGAGUUUGAAUCUGCAGAUACAAAACACACGAAACGUGUUAUAAUUGUUUUUAGCAAAAGUAUCCAAACACAAGUGAUAUGAACAUAUGAAUCUGUGUUUCCAGUGUAAAAUGUAACAGUGGUACAUACUGGGUAUGGUCGUUAUUCUACUACUACGAAUGACUUUUAGUAAAUGGGUGUAGGAUGAGGGGUUUUUACUCAGAGGGUCUUAUUUUUUCACAGCAGACAUUUUUUCAUCGUCAUAAAAGUAAAAGCAACGGUGUUAUUAAUAUUAACAGUGGCUCCGCUUUGAUUUAAGUGUCACAGUAAACUGACACCGCAUUGGUAGAAAGUUUCAAAGUGAGAUUAUAAUCUACAUACAACCCAACAUGUGGACGAGUUCAAAUUUGCUCUGCUAAAAACAAUCAUACUAGAAGGUUACUUACACAUUUAUGGAUCAGUAAUAAUAAUCCUACAAAUAUAACAUGUAAGUACAAUACAUCAUCAUCAAAGGAGCGUUUUUCCUGCUUGAUGGAUAAUUUUACAUUUGAUACGUAAGAACAUUUUACACUGACUUUUUAUUUGACUUUUGUUUUUGAUUGCAGUACAUUUACUUAUAACAGAGAUUUUUGUUUUUGCAUCGUUGCGUUGCCAGUUUAAGUUGACUAAAGGAUCUGAGCCUAAUGAUCAUAAGCAACCGUGCGCAAUUCAGGGUUUCUGCCCUGAAACAUUUUCUUAUGUACACCAGUGCUUUCCCCACUACUUAAAAAUGUCUUCUGUGAAAAAAGGCCUGUGCCCAAGAAAAAAAAACCCAACUGCCUCAGUGUGAUAUUCGAUCAGAAACACAUGUCGUUUUCUUUCUUCACAACAUAUUUUAAAAUUGACGCCACCACUUAAAAAAAACUGCCAGUAGUAGUUCUACCAAGAAUAUGCUUGUUUUGUUUCUGAUUUCACAAAGACACGAAGAGCGGGCAUUGUACAGUCAAGACUGUUACCUACAUAAGUGCACUGAUGAAAAAAACAAAACCUGUGGUCUUUUUUUUGGUCCCAGUACUGUGAGGUUGUUGAGACACUGAAGGACACGAAGAUGUCAAGUUAAAUGGAGUUUUCUUCUACAAUCCUAACAGGGAUCGGUACUGUAAAAUCAGAUUUUUCAUAUGCAGACUGUGGCUUAUGUUUGUUUAAGAAACUGUUAAGAACUGAAUUGUCUCAAUGAAAUCUGAUCAUUCAUGGCAGCAGACACUCAGAGUGUAUGUUCGUGGUUGUCUGCAACAUUUCUGUCCGAUCACUCUGAUUUAUAUUUCUUGGGGGAAUAGUUUUAUCAAAUUAAGAGAAAUUGUCUCUUUGUCAUUCAUAAUCAGUGUGUCUUAAUAAUCCAAAUAUUCCUCUUGUUGCAGCACGCCUCUGAAAGUCAGAGCUCUUCAGUCAUUUCUAUUGUGUCUUGGGCUCUUAAUUGUCACAAUGCAAUACCUUUGCCUAGAAUCUCAAUUCAAGGAUUACGUCUGUUGAUUAUUUCAGUUUCAGAACAUCCAACGGUAGAUGGAGCCUUUUCCAGAGAAUAUUCUGUUCCUUGUUUUGAUAUGCAGCUUUGUGUUUUCAAGCAUUUUUGCACUUUAUCAGAAAAACUAGAAAGAUGUAGGAAUGUCCCACAACUCUUUCUUAAUGAUCCUUUUGAGAGUUUGACUAAUAAUUCAGUCGUUUAUAUUAUUAUUAUUAGACAACAAAACGGACAUAUCAUUGAUAACACAGAACAUACAUGCUGUACAGUAAAGAAACUUUAUUUCCCAGAAAACUAUUUUAUGGAAGAUAUUUAUUCUGGUUACUAUAAUAAGUUAUUGAUUUAGUCUCCGUGUUGAAUGUUCUCCAAUCUUAACAUCUGAUUGCGUGUGGUCCAAUCUCCGAUGAACCGCUUUAAAAUCUUAUUCUCCCAAUCUUUAGUCCUGUUGUUGUAGAUUACUGACAGUAUGUAUCAUGCAGGUAAAUGUAAUUAUGGAAAAAUGCUGAUAUUUAGUCUUGUGGUCAAAGAUUGCUUCUUGCGUGUGAUGAGAGUAGAUGAUCAGAUUUGUAUUCAUCCAACAGCCAUUGCAUGUUAACAGUGUAAAUUUUCAUAAAAAUGCAUCGAUCAGUGUGUACAUGCAUCAAUUAGACACAGGCUCAGCCCUAGUUACUUAUAUUGUUAGUUUAAAAAAAAAACCCUAUUAGAAGAAUGCUGAAUAAAGAUAUUGAGGAACUUAAAAUCAUUGGAAAGUGAAAAUUCAAGCAUGGACUCGCCUUCUUAGCAAACAUCCAGUGGAUUAUGGAGUUUUACAAGGAUUUCAGAUGGCCAAAUUGAGUUUACUGCUCUACAUUACAAGUGUCCUAUUCAUGCCUUUUUGUCUUUUCUAUUGUUGAAUUACAGUGCCAGCACAAACUGUACAUUGAUUUUGAUUCUCCAUAUUAAAUGUUAUUUUUUUUGUUAUUGAACAAAAUUUUAAAUUUUUUUGCUUCCCCCCCAAUGAAUUACGGCUCAAUUUAUUUCGUGUACCUCUAGGGAUCAAACCUCUCGAAAUCCAAAUAAAUUUUGUUGUUGUAGUGAGUGUA